CAGACCUAACCUUCUUGCUUCGCCCCGCUCCCAAAAAAUUCUGGCCUACCAUCAUGAUCGAAGUUCUGAAGACUGCUCAAUGCUUUGCACCGGUUGACGGAAGUGUAGAGUUCAUGUAUACCCGAAUUCUUUUCCGCCAGGACGGCAUCACCUUCUGUGCAAGGUCACCCGAUAGAUUUGGCGGGCGGGAAGUUGAUGUCAACAAACUGGAAAACGUCAGGCCUAUCCCCUCCGAGUCCUACUGCCCCCUUCUCCCCUCCAAUUGUGCUAUUGCACCGGACCCCGAUCGAUGUUAUAUCAAAAAACCAAACUUGACGUCGUUCGAUGGGGGAGAAGAUCUCGCCAGCUUCGUACUCCAGGAGCUUGCAACUUGCGAAAUCAUCCGAAAGCAACCGCAUAGAAACAUUGCGACAUACUACGGCUGCCAGAUCUCUGACGGUCGAAUUAUCGGUCUAUGCUUUGAGAGGUACCGAGAGAAUCUGAUGGACAGGAUCAAUCCCGGCCACCUCAACAAGUCUAUGUUCAUUCUCUCAGGGGACCGGGCCGCAGAACGGAAGAAGGCGGCGCAUUAUCUCCCCGGCAUUGAACAAGGAAUUCGGCACCUGCACGGCCUCGGCCGAAUCCACAACGACAUCAAUCCUGCAAACAUCGUAAUCAGCGAGGACGAUACACCAGUCAUCAUCGAUUUUGAUACCAGCAGUGUCCCAGGGACAGAACUCGACAAAGCAAAACGCACAUACGGAUGGUUUGACCCACAUGUGUGUGUGUCACAAAAGAGCAAUGACUUCGAUGCUCUGGCGGAAUUGCGUGUCUGGCUAACUGGUUCCUCGCCAGCGGAGUUUCAAUUUGGGUGGUGAAUUAGUUAUAUGUUACGAGCAGCUCGAGAAGAAUAAAGGAGGAAUAAGGGAGUUAUAUUGUUCUAUCAAUACUCCUGUAAAGACUGUUGUAGGUAGUUGAAAACCGAUAAGUGCUACGCCGGUAACAGUUAUGCUCCAUUAUUUCCACAGCCACCGCAAGGCGCCUAAUCUACCUAAUCCUUCUUCACAUAGCUGUCUGAGUGCGGGCAGUCGGACGAGCCG